UCAAAAGCUAUAGACUCUCGAAUACAGUGUUGCCAAAAAAUGAAAUGCCAAGGUAUACGGAAACAUACUAAGUACCCUGAACCAUAAUUCAGCACAAAAUUGCGAGCCCAAAAGUGCAAUUUAUUAAUACUCCAUAUUGGAUUCGACUUAUUACGUGCUGAUCGCGGCAUUUCGCCCUCAAGGUCGUUUGUUUCUCAACGAUUGUUCAGCUGUGUCACCUGAAUUCUGACCGGUCUAAAAGUAUUUCAAGGUCGCCCGUGAGUUGUGGUCUUACCUCAGAGGCUCUGGUCGUACAGACCAGCCAGUUUAUAUGUCAUGGCGUUCCUUGUUGGUUCCUCUUCAUCAUGCAAUGGUGAAAAAUUAUAGUAGGCCAAAUAACUCCUCUUCCUUUUUUCGUUUCCUGUUGUGUUAAUAUAUCUUUUCUCUCACUUGACUUGUUCUCCCGGCCCUUCUGUAUAUAAUAUGACAAACUUCCCCAUUCGUUUGUCGACAAGCUUGUUUCCUACAUUUUCCUCGUUUCAAUUACGCAUUAUUGACGUCCCCCCUUUCGUGUCACCUUGGACAUUAGCCAAAGACUACUUGACAAACUAAGCAACUAUUGCAUCGUGAAAUUCCUCAGUCUUAACUGUUCUUGGACAAAUCACAACGCCGUUUUAAUCCAGUCUAAACAUCCGCACAAUAUGUAUUAGUGAUUUAAUGUGACUACUAUGAUAUGCAAAAGUGGAUCAUUCUCCAGAAGUGUGUCAAGUGAAUAUAAAGAGUAAAAGUUUACUGAUUGGAACUUUGAAAUUAGACGGACAACCGCUAAAGUUUAUAAUUCGUCGUAGGUUUGUUAAAAUCGAAAUUUAUUCUUUCUGAAAACUGAGGUUACAUCACGUUACCAUAUGGUGAGGAACCAAACAGCUUAUUUUCUGCAUGAGGAUUAAAAACAUUCAUCGAGUAAACAUCGUGCUAUCAAAUUAAUAUUCAUUGUAAAAGUCUGUGAGUUUACGUAGACUUCAGUGACACUGAAUGUACAGUACGUAUAGAGGAACCAAAUGUCCAUCAGUGUUGAAAAGUGCCUAAAUAGCUUCAGGUUUAUUAAGCACACCACCUACUGUGAUAAUAACAACCCAGUCUUUACAUAUUAUCGGUUCCCACAUAUUUUCAGCUAUCGUUUCGUAUUUAAACUUCAUACAAUAAACCUUUGUUAAUCUUCACUGAAAAUGCCUUGUUAAGCACAUAUUUUCACACUUCGUUUUGUAGUUCUGCUUUGUUUACUCAUUACACUAUUGAGACCAUGAUUUCUUAAUUUUUAAUUCGAAAUAGUACAAAGACAACCAAAAAUCUUAUUGUGCAACUGGCUUUUAAAAUGUUAUUGAUACAUCUCAGAUACACCCAUAUCUGUAGCCCGAACACAUUUCCGUAACGUAUUUGUAAGUUAGUAAUAGGCGCUGGAAAAUAACUAUAACAAUCCCUUGAUUUUAGGAUAAUGGGACAUCCUGAACUUUAUAUGGUCCGGUCGGAUUAGGUCUUAAAGAUGACAAGCCCGUCUCUGCGGAAGGCAAUAAGACCUUACAUCCUUUUGACCUUAAUAAACAGCUUUACUACUUUGCAUUUUACUUAGUUAACUCUCAUUAAUUAUUCCCCCUAUACUUUAAAUAUUUCUCAGAUCAUCUGAAAGUUACGAGUGCUCGGUCGCAUUACUUAAAGAUCAGCCACCGAAAUGGUCCCAAACAGCUUUUGGUUUGAUGCAUAAGUGAUGACAGCUUUAUCCAGCUUGCUCAAUGUCCAUUCCAAAAUAACAUGGUCAAAGUAUUACUGUACACUCAAAGAAAUCCAAACUGUCUCAUCCUUUAUUUCUCUAUAUGGAUAUGUACACUGCCCGUCGUGCGGAAACCACUUAGAUAAUGUUCAGUUCUUAAGACAUAUUUCAGCACAUUUGCUGGUGAAUGAACUCGAACUUGGUUCAUUAAUGUCUUUCAAAUUCUGCACAGAGUGCCUGUCCGUGCCGGAUGGAAUCAGUAUGACCUUACACAAUUGGAUCCAUCGGCAUGUAGAACAACAUACACCCCUCGCACUAAUGGAUGGUUGUUUUGUGUGUCCUAUUUGUGAGAGCAACUUUGUAUCACUUAUAAAAUUUGCUGUACAUUUAUACGAAAGACAUGUGUAUUUAGACUCGCCUUACGUGUGCACAAUAUGUUACGGAUUCAGAUCAUCUUUUUAUUGUGAAUUGAUAUCCCACUUCCAAGAUUGCCACCAUAAAACAAAUCACAUAUUCUGUCCGUAUUGUCUAAAACAUUUCGAAUUGUCUAUUUUGUGGAGUAUAGAUUUAGGACUACAUAUAUUCGAUGCACAGGCGUUUUACACGCACGUCCAGCAACAUUGGGAGCAAACGACAUAUCGAUGUACCUCAUGUCGUCUCGAUUUUAUACAUAAAAAGGAUCUUCAGUGGCACGAGUAUUUACACCAUUCUGGUCAUCCUUUAUCAAGGCCUAGUUACCGAAGUAACGCUUGUGAACAUUCGUCUCAUCUAACCGAAGAUCAACUGUCUCUUUCCUAUUCAAAUCAACUAGUUGCACACACACCACGCACACGAUUAAAGUGUUUAGAAUGUGGAGAGCAGGUGCGUCACCCUGUACAUAAACAUUUCAACAUGACACUGCGCUGUGCUAGAUGCAAAUACACUACAUCAUGUAUUGUCGCGGCUAAUUGGCACUGGAGCAAAGUUCAUUGUGCACCGCCCAUACAACAGUCAUCUGAUUCUAAUGAUACUCAACCGUGGCACAAGUACAUCAACACUACCGCACAGCACGAAGCAGUCCCACCUCGCACUGUCAACGCACCGCUUUACGAUCCAUGUUUCUCAUCAACUACUCAUACAAAGCGGUGCAGAAACGAACACGUCCCUGCAGGGUUAUUUGUAAGAGGAUAUUUAAGAUGUAACUGUGGCUUCCGUACGAUGGUCUACGACUUAAUGGCCCGUCACUUAGCAACGAAGGGAGACGGGCAUAAUCUCGCAAAGUUUGUAUACAGGCCUCGGCCGUCAUUGUUUUUAAUAGUCGCUCGUCCUGCGAGAGCGCUACGCACUUCCCUGUGGUGGCAAAAAAGAAUAGCACGGGCACCCCACUUUUUGAACUCUGUUGGACUAUCCCAAUAA